AUGUCGCUGGAAUUCAUCGGCCCGGGCGGCUGCCUCGACCGGUAUGGCAGAGAAUUCGAUGCCUUCUACCUCCACUCCUGUGGAGCAUCUUUGAUCAGCUGCAAGACGUGCUUCCAAGCUUUGCCACCCACGGCCGGGGUCGUCGGAGUUGAAUGGCACCAGGCUGCAUGGCCCCAGUCGAGGUGCCGGGUGCUGGCCGAAGAUGGAGCGGAUCCGCGCGAGGUGUACUCACCGCGCACGCACGCCAUCCGCCUUUCACUGCUCUUGCCCUUCCUGGCCACAGACUACACGUCACCGUGUGAGGCAGCAGUCUGGACGUGCAACACCUCCAGCACAGGCCAUCUGGCCCGCGGUGCCAUCAGCCAUGCUGGCACGAUGCCAGGCGAGGAAGAGUCCCUGGAGUGCUGGCGGCUUGUAUCGCCAGUGUUGCUGCCUUUUCCGUCCUUUGGCUACCACGUGCAGGAUGCCGUGCAGCUGAUGCCCGUGCUGCCCCGCCGGUCCUCGUGGAAUGACACGGCUCCGCUGAGAGGUCGGCUACAAGCCGCCAUGCUUUGCAACCUGAUUGCGGGGUGCUUGGGCUUCACCUGCCGCGCCCCGGACUGGUUUUCAUGCCACUUGCGCAUGGAUCGCAUGGGCCGGCUGGCGGGCGCGCGCAGCCACCAAGAGACCAACCUCGACCCAUUUCCAGGGCGAACUGCGCUUGAUGUUGCAAGGCCUAGCCGGAGGGGCCACAAGGCAUACUUGAAAUGGCUGCCCCCGUGGCGCUACGACCUUCCCCGUCCGGACUACCAGCAGCUCUACAUCUUCGUCUACCACAAAGCCAUGUCUACCCUCUUCCGCAGCCUCUUCGCCGAGGUGCUGGCCUUCCUGGGCCUCUCGGUGUCGCAGUUCCUCUGGCCCUCCGUGCCGCGCCGCUGCGGCGAGGCCGAUGCCCAAGGCCUCUACGUGCAACCAGUGGACUUGGAGGUCUUGGAGCAGCGGUGCCCUAGGUACCGUGCCGUGCACAUUCUUCGGUCGCCUCUGGAGAUGCUGGUGUCGGGGUACGCCUACCACUCUCAGAAAGGCGACGCGCCGCCGGGCUCCGGGCCAAAGGUUCUCCAGAACCUCUCGCUGACGGAGGGGCUGAAGCUGGAGGCGAGGCUGCACCUGCGCCGCCAGCACGGCUUUCACCGGGGCAACACCCUUUCGGACAUGCGGGCCGUGUACCGCAGGGUCAAGGAGGAUCCCCGGGUCCUCACUCUCCGGGUUGAAGACAUCCUCUGCAACUUCGACCAGAGUGUGAAGAAGAUGCUGCUGCACCUCCUUCCCUCCCUGCGGAACUUGGGCUCCUUGGGCAAGGAGGGGCUCUGGGGCCAGGUCCGAGCGCUCGCCGCGCGCUUCGACGAGCGCCGCUGCGGCCGCUGCAUCUCCACGCCCAGCGCGGAGGCGUCGGAAGGCCACCGGCGCCUCAAGCAGCUUGCUCGCUCGCAGCUGGCCUCACUUUGGCAGAGCCCCGAGGUGAGGCAGAUCGUACGGUUGCAGCGCGAGCUGGGCUAUGAAGCUGACCCCCAGCCAAAGCCAAGGCAGCGAGAGCAGUGCCAGCGCUGCCGUGCGAAAGAAGCCCGCCGGCACGUGCUUGAGAGCUGGACCCACUGGAGCGGAACGAAGUCUGGAGAACCCCGAGCCAUGCUGCUGCAAAGGACGGCGUCCUGCGUGCGCCGCUACGGCCACGUGGUUUUCCUUGAUUGGGGCUUAGGCGACUUCGACUUGCCGAAGUCCAUGCAGCCCCUCCGAGACUUCCUGGCGUCUCUCGGAGGUCCACGAGACCAUCCCGGACAUCUCGCGGGCGCGUGCGUCUCAGCAGAGCUGCGCUGCGGCGUCCUGGAGGGAAUCUGGGGCUUCCUCCUCCGAAGCUGGGAGCUGCACUCGCCCUCUCCGUCCCCGCUGCCGCCCGUGCCGCCACCUCCCGGAGCGCGACUUCGCGGCCGGAUCUGUGGUCCCGAGGACUUGGCUCGCAUCCUCGACGAUUUGCCUGCUGAGAUGGCUUUGCAAGACAUCUUGCUCGCUGUCGUCCAGAGGCUGGAAGCGGAGGACCUUGGCAUGGCUUUGCGGCCGGAGCCCCGCUGCCCGGGUAACAUCAGCGACCUCUGGGCAGGGGAACAAAAGCGUCUUCUGGUCCUCUGGUCCUGCGGUCUGCUGGUCCUCCGGCUUCUGGCCCUCUUGUCCUCUGGCAUGGCGGAGGAAGCGAAGCGCAAGGAGCAAAAGCGGCUGGCAGAGGAGGCGAGGUUGGCAGAGGAGGCGAAGUUGGCGGAGGAAGCGAAGCUCAAGGAGCAAGAGCGUUUGGCAGAGGAGAGGUUGGCGGAGGAAGCGAAGAAGUGCAAGGAGCAAGAGCGUUUGGCAGAGGAGGCGGAUAGAAGAGCCCCAACAGAAUAG